AUGACUUUCUCUCUCUUUUACUUACUUAUAUUUCCAGAGUCUGACAAUACUAGCUGGGACCAGAUAGAGUUAUUCCAUGCUGGCAAAAAGGUCAAGAUUUGUGGUCCAUUAGAAUCAAAAUGGUAUCUCCCACCAGGAAAUUUCGUCUCCCUAGAAUUAGCGAAUAUUGACACAGUUCAUUUUGAAUGCAAAAGCAAAGUUGAUAAAAUACUACGGUCAGAACAUACGGGAAUUACUGAUGGUUGCUUAUUCCUAAUUUAUAAGAUCUCGAUUGGAAAAGUGACAUUUGCAUUAAUGGUCAAAAUAAUCUUAUGGCUCAGGAAAAUGAACUCCCGAUUCGGUAAUCAGAAUGAUCCGGACUACGACGAUUUUGAUCUGUCUGUACACACUGAUUACAUGUACAAAGCCAAAAAAGAAAAUAAAUUUUUGAUUGGAUGGCCGAGUAGCUUUGUGCCGCGGGAGAUUAGACUAAACCGGACACUCAACGUGGUUGGGCCUAUUGAUUGGAGAGGCACUUGA